AUGGUGAGGGAAAAUGGGAAAGUGCUUGACGAGAUCAUCUCAGUGCUCAUAUCAAAACAGCUCAUGACCGAACUGAUGAAACCCCAAGCGACCUACAGCCAUGAGCAAAUCCGCGACAUCAUCGAAGACGUCACCCAGUCCUCAAUGAUGCGUCUCGAUCCCACCAGCAUGAACAAACUGUGGGACCUCAUCACCAUGGUCUUCAAAUGGCAAGUGACCAUCUCCAAGGAAGUCAUCGCAGUCACUCUACGGCACCUCUACGAGAUUGAGAACUACGUCACCAACCCAGAGACCCAACUUCAGUUACACAAAGUGCAAAACCUUGUCGACAACUUUAAGAAAAUUUUAUCAGUGAAAGAGAAGAAUGAGCUCAGAGAUGACAUUAUCUUCUGGUUGAAAGAUGUCAAUGUGCGUGUGUCGCUUCUACUGAGGAUGGGGUUGCAAAACAUGGAAGGAAUCUUCAUUACUGAGAAUUUGGAUCCAACAGCUGAGAAGAUGCUGGAGAAUUUGGGGGAGAAUAUCUACUCAGUGACGAAUAAUGGGAGGAUUUUAGAGAGGAAUCAGAAUAAACCAGAACCGGAAGUGAACGAAUUGCAAUUGUUUGUUGACCAGAUUUUGGGAGAGAGGAAGCUGAGCAAUGGAAAUAACGACAACAGGAGUUUCUUGCGGUUGGCUAUUGACGAACAGAAUGGAAAUAAUAACGAAACUAAAGCUACGUUUGAUAAUAUCGAUGUUAAUACUGAGGAAAAGCAAAUUGAGGAUAUGAUAGGUGAUUUGGUGGUCGGUGAUAAGGAGGAUGGGUCUUUGAGAGAUGAUUUGUUGGCCAUGAUUGGAGGAGAGGAUUUGAAUAGAGAAUAA